AUGCUGUCUGAUACGUAUAGUGAUUCUCGAAGUGAAGUGUUGAGAAAUCGAGAAACUGGUGAAUGGAUAAAUCAGCAUAAUGUACGAGAAGUAAAGAGAUUUGAUGAAUUUACAACGAUAGAUUGGGUCGAGGAUGAACUUCGUGAACAUUGGAAAAGGCUAUCUAAGAACAGAAGCAUAAAUAGUAGGGCUACAUCGUUUAAAGAUAAGCUUAUCUCAGCAACCCAGAAUUGGUUUGUACUAGCCUUCAUGGGUAUAGUGAUAGGAUUGAUCGCAGGAUGUUUAAAUAUUAUUACAGCAUGGCUAGCAAGCAUACGAUUGGGCCAUUGUUCGGGUAAUUUCUACUUGAAUAAGACUUUCUGUUGUUGGGAUCAGGAUGAAGAUAAGUGUACUAAUUGGAUCAGUUGGUCCCGAAUCGGAUUUUUCAAUUAUAUAAUUUAUGUGCUAAUAUCGAUCCUGUUGGCAUAUUCAGCAGCAAUUUUAGUCAAAAAAUAUGCCCCAUCUGCAGCAGGUUCAGGGAUAUCCGAAAUCAAGUGCAUUGUUUCUGGUUUUGUUAUGAGAGGCUUUUUAGGAUGGUGGACAUUACUAAUUAAGAGUGUGGGUUUACCACUAGCCAUAGCUUCUGGACUAAGUGUUGGUAAGGAAGGGCCUAGUGUACAUUAUGCUGUAUGUGUGGGUAAUUCGAUCGCUAAAUUAUUUGGCAAAUAUAGAAGAAGUGCUUCUAAAGCUAGAGAAUUUUUAACAGCCACAUCGGCAGCAGGGGUUGCUGUUGCCUUUGGAUCACCAAUGGGUGGAGUUUUGUUUUCAAUUGAAGAUAUUUCGACUGUAUUUCAGCUUUCUACGAUAUGGAAAUCGUACUUUUGUUCUUUAAUCGCAGUUACCACUUUGGCCGCAUUAAACCCCUUCAGAACAGGUCAGCUAGUAAUGUUUGAAGUAACAUAUAAUACUAAUUGGCAUUAUUUUGAAAUACCAUUUUAUAUUAUUUUAGGGGUUUUUGGAGGUGUCUACGGAAUUGUCGUAUCUAAGUUCAAUCUCAGAGUGGUUUCAUUUCGUAAAAAAUAUUUAUCCAAUAUGGCAGUCAGAGAAGUAAUAAUACUUUCUUCCUUGACGGCCUGUUUUUGCUACUUUAAUGAAUUUCUAAGGUUAGAUAUGACUGAAACCAUGCAAAUAUUAUUCAAUGAAUGUGAUGCUGGCUCAGAAUAUGCUAUUUGCAACCCAAAUUCAAGGAAGGUGUCAAUCUUUAUGUCCCUAAUAUUUGCUACUGGUGCUAGAAUGGUUCUAACAAUAUUUACUUACGGUUGCAAGGUACCGGCGGGUAUAUUUGUCCCAUCAAUGGCAACUGGAGCUACUUUUGGACGGGCACUUGGCAUGAUUGUGGAGAAGAUACAAGAAAACCAUAAGGAUUCAUCAAUAUUUUUAACGUGCCCUGCUAACGGAGAUAAAUGUAUUAUUCCUGGAACAUAUGCUUUCUUGGGUGCAGCAGCCGCAUUGAGCGGUAUAACUCACUUGACGGUAACAGUAGUAAUCAUUAUGUUCGAGUUGACAGGCGCAUUGCGUUACAUUAUUCCAACAAUGAUAGUCGUAGCUAUAACUAAGAGUAUCAAUGACAAAUAUGGUAAGGGUGGAAUAGCAGAACAAAUGAUAAAGUUCAAUGGAUUACCAUUAAUAGAAUCAAAGGAGGAGUAUAGAUUUAACACAACAGUAAAUAGUGCUAUGUCAACUAUCACUGUCGCCUUUCCAAGUGAUGAAGCAGAAAGUAUUUCAUUGCAUCAGUUGAAGAAGUUAUUGGCAAAAACAACUUAUAAUGGGUUUCCAAUUAUUCAAUCUACAGCUCAUCCCCGUGUUAUAGGAUAUAUUACGAGGGCAGAUAUAGAAUACAAUUUAGAGAAUGCUGUAAGUGGCGUUAAUGAAACUUCUAAAUGUAAUUUCAAUUCUGAAAAAAGUCAGAAUGAAGAAAAUUGCAUAGAAUUUGGCGCCGUCGUUAAUAGACACCCAUUUACGGUCAAUGUUACUACUACUCUAGAGUAUGUAUUGGAUGUCUUUGUGAAAUUAGGCCCCAGAUUUAUAUUAGUAGAACAGGAAGGGUUACUUGUUGGAAUAAUCACAAGAAAGGACAUAUUAAGAUACGAAUAUACUGUACAUGCAAUGCAUUCUGAUAACGAUGUGGAGUCUUCUAAUUCCGAAUUUGAUGAAAGAGUAUGGAAUCUCAUGAACUAUUUUGCGACAGGGCUUAAAAAAAAUGUAGGUAGAUUACUUCAUAAUGACGAACAUCGAUAUAUACAUGUCUAA